AUGUCCAUGGUGCAGUUCCACACCCUUAACAUCCAGGAAGACAACGUGGUGACAAAGUUCUACCAACAUGUCUUGGCCUUAGUGUUUGCCAUUAAUGAGAUCAAUGAGAGUCAACAGAUCUUGCCAAAUGUUACUCUUGGAUUCCACAUCUAUGACAGCUACUCUGAAUCAAAGAUGACCUAUCAAAGUUGUCUGGAUCUGCUCUUCAAAUUGCAUACGAUUGUCCCCAAUUACAUAUGUCAUGCUAAAAAAAAAGUCAUAGGCAUCAUUGGAGGACUGAGUUCUGAUACGUCUUCAUGCAUGGCAGACAUUUUUCACCUUUAUAAGAUUCCUCAGCUACAUUCAUUUCUGCAGAGGAUUUCAUUCAACAACAGUGCUGGAGAUGAAAUUACAUUCAAUCAACAGGGUGAAUUAGUAGCUGGAUUUGACAUUAUGAACUUGGUCACAUUCCCAAAUAAAUCUUAUGUAAAAGUCCAAGUUGGGGAUCUGGAUCCUCUAUGGAAAACCUUCAUGAUUAAGAAAGACCAAAUCCAGUGGAACCAAAAAUUCACUCAGGUGCCACCUCUUUCCUUAUGCAAUGACCUUUGUCCACCUGGAUACCGAAAGACAGGGAAGGAAGGGGAAAAAUUUUGCUGCUAUGAUUGCAUUCUGUGUCCAGAAAGAAUGAUCUCAAGUCAGAAGGACAUGGAAAAUUGCAAGAGUUGUUCCAAGGACCAUUUUCCAAAUGAAGCUCAUGUACAAUGUAUUCCUAAAACACCGAACUUUCUGACUUUUGAAGAAUAUUUGGGCAUUACUUUUUCUGCCUUGGCUCUGUUUUUUUCUCUUACUACAGGUCUUGUCCUUGCAAUCUUCAUUAAGCAAAGGGACACUCCCAUUGUCAAAGCCAACAAUCGCAGCCUCAGCUAUGUUCUCCUUAUCUCUCUUCUCCUUUGUUUCCUUUGUUCACUUCUGUUCAUUGGACAGCCCAAUAAGACAACUUGCCUCCUCCGACAAAUGACAUUAGGCAUCAUCUUCUCUGUUACUAUUUCUUCUAUUUUGGCCAAAACUAUCACAGUCAUUGUAGCAUUUCUAGCAUCAAAGCCAGGAAGCCUAUUCCACAAAUGGGUGGGGCAAAGGUUGGCCUAUUCUAUUAUCUGCUUCUGCUCCUUCAUUCAAGUUGGUAUUUGUGCCAUCUGGAUGAGUACUUCUCCCCCAUUUCCAGAUUUGGACAUGGAGACACUCCUUGAAGAAAUCAUCGUAGAAUGUCAUGAAGGCUCCAUCACCAUGUUUUACUGUGUCUUAGGCUACAUGGGCCUCUUGGCUCUUCUCAGCUUCACUGUGGCCUUCCUAGCCAGGAAGUUACCAGACAGUUUCAAUGAAGCUAAGUUCAUCACUUUCAGCAUGUUGGUUUUCUGCAGUGUUUGGUUGACCUUUGUACCCACCUACUUGAGUACCAAAGGGAAGUACAUGGUGGUUGUGGAGAUCUUCUCUAUCUUGUCUUCUGGUGCUGGUUUAUUGGGAUGCAUUUUCAUGCCCAAAAUCUAUAUAAUUGUAUGGAAGCCUGAACUCAACACUAGAGAGCAUUUAAUACAUAAGAAAUAG